AUGAGAGUGGAUUCUAAAGAAGAGAUAACCCUAAUGUGGCAGUGCCCGAAUAACAUACGGUUAUUAUUCAGUGUUCUCUGCGGGAUAACAGUAUAUUCAUUAAUAGAGUAUCUAUGGGAGGCAUUUCAUCAAAGAUACCCUGGCAUACCCACUGCAAUAAAGACAGGCACUAAGACAAAAAGUGCAGAAAAGGAAGGAGUGCCUAAUAAUAGCCUCAAUAAUGCAUUAGAAGACCCUGCAGAGAUGAGUAUGGCAGAGAAAACAGAAGAAAAGAGUGCCACUGGAAAAGAAGAGUCUAUAAGUGGUGCACUUUCCAAUUCUCAAAUACAGGGCCCGAAGACCGCUGAUAUAGCAGGAAUAGCCCAAUACAGCCCGAAAUUAGAAGAACACUAUAAAAUCGGCAUAGAGUGUUUAAAAAGAACAGAAGAUGCCGGAAGCAAAGCACAGCUAAAGCACAGGCGCAAUAAGUCGCAGUAA